AUGUCGGUUGUAACAAGUGACGAGAAAGGCAAAGAUGGCGUUGCAGACUCAGAGACUAAUUCGCUGGUGUCACGUACGGGUGAGGGAAGUCAAUUUAAGAAUUUUUUGCAUAAACUUCAAGGGCAGCCUGAAUCGUAUAGUAGAAAGCGGAACUACACGUUUGGUAAAACAUUGGGUGCUGGCUCGUUUGGAAUAGUAAGGUAUGCAAGGGAUAACAUAACGGGAGAGGACGUUGCAGUGAAGAUCAUAUUGAAGAAGGCUUUAAAGGGCCACGAGGAUGUUGUUAUCGACGAGAUGAGAUUACUUGAGGAAUUACAUAAUCCUCAUAUUGUUGGUUUCAGAGAUUGGUUCGAAAGUAAAGACAAGUUCUAUUUAGUUACUCAAUUGGCUAUUGGUGGCGAAUUGUUCGAUAGAAUUGUUCAACAGGGGAAAUUCACCGAGCACGAUGCUUCUUUAGUUGUGGUGCAAAUAUUGGAGGCAUUGGUUUAUUUACAUGGUAAGGAUAUUGUUCAUAGGGACAUUAAGCCGGAAAAUAUCUUGUAUCUUACACCUGCUGAAGAUCUGCCAAUUGUAUUGGCAGAUUUUGGUAUUGCCAAGAGGUUACAAACUCCGAAUCAGAAAUUGCGAUCACUGGCAGGUUCAUUCGGCUAUGCUGCCCCCGAAGUCAUAUUGGGAACAGGACACGGUAAACCAUGCGAUAUAUGGUCUUUGGGUGUUGUUACAUAUACAUUACUUUGUGGCUAUUCGCCAUUUAGGUCAGAAAAUGUAUCUGAUUUCAUCAACGAAGUGAAGCAUAAUAAUGCGGUUAUUUUCCAUGCCGAUUACUGGAGGGAUGUUUCCAAAGACGCCAGAAGAUUUAUAAUUAAGGCGUUGCAAUUUGACCCUGAUAAGAGACCAACAGCAGCUGAGUUAUUGAAAGAUCCAUGGAUUGUUUCUAUUGCCCAAACACAUACAGAAUGUGACUUGUUGCCACAAUUGAAGGAGAAAUUCGAUGCAAAGGCUAAAUUCAAACAGGCUAUUGAAGUUGUGAAAUUGAGUAAUAGAAUCAACAAAUUGAAACAAAUGCAAAGCACAGAAGAUGAUGAUCCAACAGAGAUUGAUUUCUUUAAUGAAAGCGGAGAAGUGCAGAAAAAGAACGAUUAUACACCUUCAGCAGAGACCAAACUGGUGUUGGAUAAAUGGCAAAACUUUAGUGCCUGUUUGAACCAGAUACCCAAUCCCUCAGCGUCGAAAGCAUCACUCACUUCUAUGAAACCAAAGGAGAAAACAGAGGCAGCGGGCGACGCCUUUGUCCAAUUGGUUCAUGCUGCUUCAGAGAAUAGAAACAGAGUAACAUGCUAUAAAGAAGAAGAUGAGGAGGAGGAUAGUGGAACAGAGAAAGAGGAGAGUGGAAAAGACAAGGCCAAAGCUGAUAAGUGA